CAGAAAAAGUGUACGUGAAUAAAUCAAAACAUAAAUCCCGCAAGCACCAGGCAAACUUUAGCAAAACGUCGAAUUUUCAUCGGCUGUGCAAUGUUCUGUUGUCUAAAGAACUGCCUCAACGGGGUAUUGCCAGCGCAGGCGGUACACAUCACGAAAACAUCUAACCCGGUGCAGCUGGACUCGUCACAUAUGGGCCACGAGGUGGUGAUCAUAAAGAACGGCCUGCGGGCAUGCGGAACCGGCGGCGUACUGGCCAACGCACCGCUUGUACAAUCGAAAUCUUACUUCGAAGUAAAGCUGCAGCAAUCGGGCCACUGGUCGAUCGGACUGGCGACACAGCAGACCGACCUGAACCAGUCGGUCGGUGGCAAGGACAAAGAAUCGUGGUGUCUUAACUCGAACCAUCUGGUGCUGCACGGCGGGGAGGUCAUCUAUCGGUUAGACGCGAGCAAGACCGGCCAACAGCACGGUGGCCAAAAUUCACCCGGCCACGGAUCCGCCAGUCUCGAAACUUCCCCGUCCUCAACCGUACCCGUCGACCUAACGCCCGGCUCGGCCCCGGUGUUCCCCAUCGUCGGGGGACCUAACACCGGAAGCAGCGGUACUGACCAAACUGGCCUCCCGCAGGAAGGUGACACGAUAGGCGUUGCGUACGAUCACGUCGAGCUGAACUUCUAUUUGAACGGCAAAAACCUGAACGUGCCGGUGCUAAACGUGCGUGGUAAUGUUCACCCCUGCAUGUUCGUCGACGACGGGGCCAUCCUCGACAUCGUGCUGGACAACUUCGCCUACGGGCCACCGCCCGGCUUCGAGCGGAUUCUCGUCGAGCAGUCGUUGCUUUGAUUUCAACCGUUGUUUCGGUGCAUUAUGUUUUGUUAAGUUUAAAAUCUUCUCUCGCUCAAAUCGAGCUACUUCGAUACACUAAUCUCUACCGGACUGGGGAUUUGAAGGAGAACAGAAAGCCGUUCCAAUCCUCGCUAAAAAGUGUCUCUCUCUCUCUUUAUCCGUUUAUUCAACGGUUGCUAUGUUGUUAUAUCGCUUGCAUACUGUCGUUAAAACUGCGUUGCUAUGUGCCGUUUUGUAUUGUUCAUUGCUCAUAUGUAUACUCUCAAUUCUUUGGCGGAAUUUACUCCGCAUCAAAUCCAACGUCUUUCGACUGUCACCACUAAUAAUCGGAAAUGAGAAUGGUCCAUGACUAUCGUUACCUAAUCCAACAAACAUCGCUUAUAUAGUCAGCCAACAACACACUGAAGUACAGUCGUUCGGAGCAGCUUACAAAAAAAAUGAAACUCUGAAAGCAAAACCCUAUAACAUUUAACAUUCCCCUCGUUCGCCAACACUUUAGACCUCCCGUUUACCGAAAUGCUUUUUUCUACUAGAGAUUUAUCGAACUGUUGAUAUAAAAAAAAAGAACGCAGCGGAACCAAAUCGUGCGUGAACGAAUCUAACUUUGUAAACCAUCAACACGCUUUGUACUGACUAGGUAUUUACGCGGAAAGGAAGAUAUAUACAUAAGCAGAAGGAAAGAAAAAAUAAAAGAAAAUAUACAUAAAGAUAUUUAUUGAAC